CCAUGAAGACAGACUACGCCAGCCUAGGAGCCAGGUCCGCAACUUCUCUGACUUCUACGGAGCAGCCAUCACCGACGCAGAAACAGAUAUCAGCAGCUGUGAGUGAGAUGUCGGAGGCCAACAAGGACCUCCUGGAGAAGUACAGGAAGGAGGUGGCACUGCGGAGGAAGUACCACGAGCAGCUGGUCGAGCUCAAAGGCAACAUCCGUGUGCUGUGCCGUGUGAAGCCGGUUCUGAAGGAGGACCAGCAUGAGGAGGGCCAAUCGGUGGUGGUAACCACGKACCCCAACAACGAAUCAGCUCUCUCCGUGCUGAAAGGGCAGGGCCGCAGCCAUAACUUUGAGCUGGACCGUGUCUUCCACCCUCAGGCCACUCAGGAAGAGGUCUUCCAGGAGAUCGAGCCCCUUGUGACAUCCUGUAUAGAUGGAUAUCACGUCUGCAUCUUUGCCUAUGGGCAGACUGGCUCUGGGAAGACCUACACCAUGGAGGGCAGCACAGAGAACCCAGGCAUCAACCAGCGUGCUCUGAAACACCUGUUUAGUGAGAUAGAGGACAGGAAGGACAUGUGGACGUACACCGUGACUGUCAGCUCUGUGGAGAUCUACAACGAGGUGCUCAGAGACCUGCUGAGUAAGGAUGGAGAGAAGCUGGACAUUAAGAUCAACCCAGACGGAACAGGACAGCUGCACGUCCCUGGACUCAGGCUCAUAGAGGUUAAGAGCUUCCAACACAUCAAGAAACUUCUGGCGCAGGCGCGUCGUAACAGGAUCACCUUCGGGCCCAGAUGA